AUGGACUCGGCUGCCUCGUUGAGCGAGGUCGCCGCACCUCCAGCCUUGGGCCCGCUCGCACCACUCGACCACAUCGACGCACAAAAUGCCGUCACGGUCCCUCUCAUGGCGCUGCCCCUGCGCAUCUUGCAACACUCGCUCUCCGUCGCAAAGCAUGGCGCCUUGGGCAAGGUUUGCUCCAACCCCGAAGGCUGGGGACCCGUGUCCCAGCAGCGCGAGCUCGACUUUACCCCCUGCUUUCAGGAGGUCGCCUUCUGGAUCGGCCCCGUCUUUCUUCUCGCCAUCUUCGGCGGACUUCGCCUCGCAAGCCUCACACGGCUCGAGCCCCGCAAGCUCACUCGCCUCUCGCGCUUCCUCCUCCAGAUCAAGCACAUUCUUGUCGCCCUCCUCGUGAUGACCGCCGCCUUCCAGGUCUCCGUUACCUUUGGACUCUACCGCAAGCCGGAAGAGUCCGUCAUGUUCUGGUCCUCGCUCGUAGGCCUGGUCGGCUACCUCCUGGUCAUCGCCCUGCAGCACUUCAACCACACCCGCACCAGGAGCAGCUCCGAUACCUUGCUCCUCUUCUGGCUCUUCCACCUCGUCGCCAGCUCCAUCAAGCUCAGGACCAACCUCACCGUCCCCUCGCUCCCCAUCCGCCAGCAGCUGCCCACCUUUAUCCCCUUUGCCAUCCGCUUCGGCCUCGGCCUCGCCGUCUUUCUGCUCGAAUGCGCCGGCGUCGAGGUGGGGCUCUCGCAGCAGGACGGUACCCGGAAGCCCGUCGGCGCUGCAAACGGGGGGCAAGAGAACGGCGGUUCCCCCACCGCCACCUACCGUUCCCUCGGCAACGGCAACGCCAGCGCCUUUAGCAUCUUCAGCGACGCCAACAGCGAGGCCGGGCCCGACUACGAGACGCUCGGCGGCGCAAAAGAGUGCCCCGUCGAGACGGCCAACCUCUUCAGCCGCAUCUCUUUCCACUGGAUGCAGCCCAUGAUGACGCUCGGCGCCAAAAAGUUCCUCACCGAGGACGACAUGUGGGCGCUGCCGGCCAAGGAGGAUGCCGAAAACCUCGGAAGGCGCUUCGACAAGUACUGGCCCCUCUGCAAGGACAAGAAGACGGGCAAGCCGGCGCUGUGGACGACGCUCGCCUAUGCCUACGGCGGGCCCUUUUUCUUUGCCGGCCUGCUCAAGGCGGUCCAGGAUUCGCUGGCGUUUGUGCAGCCCCAGACGCUGCGCCUGCUGCUCAGGUUCGUCCAGGACUGGGACAGCGAGGACCCCAACCAGAGCGCCACGCCUGGCUUCCUCCUCUCGCUGGCGCUCUUUGUCAUCGCCAUUGUCCAGACCUCGUUCCUGCACUCCUACUUCCAGAUCUGCUUUGUCACCGGCAUGCGGGUGCGCGCCGGGCUGGUGAGCGCCAUCUUCAAAAAGAGCCUCCGCCUCUCCAACGAGGAGCGCGGCACCCGCGCCACGGGCGACAUCCAGAACAUGAUGUCGGUCGACGCGCAGCGCCUCAUGGACCUCUGCUCGUACCUCUGGAUCGCGCUCAGCGCCCCGUUCCAGAUCACGCUGGCCUUUGUGUCGCUCUACAACCUGCUCGGCUGGUCGUCGAUGGUGGGCGUCGCCAUCAUGGUCGUCGCCGUGCCCCUCAACACGAUGCUGGCGCGCUACCUCCGCAAGCUCAGCGAGCGCCAGAUGAAGGUCAAGGACAAGCGCACCCGCCUCAUGAACGAGAUCCUGACCAACAUCAAGUCGAUCAAGCUCUUUGCCUGGGAGGAGGCUUUUGCCCGCAAGCUCUACCGCGUCCGCAACGACGAGGAGCUCAAGCUGCUCAAGCGCGUCGGCAUCGUCAGCGCCACCUUCAACUUCUUCUGGACCGCCGUGCCCUUCUUUGUCUCGCUCGCCACCUUUGUCACCUACGCCUACACCAACCCGGAACCCCUCACCGCCGACAUCAUCUUCCCCGCCAUCGCCCUCUACCAGCUGCUCUCGUUCCCCAUCGCCAUGUUCGCUGGCAUCAUCUCGGCCAUCCUCCAGGCCCAGGUGUCGGCCAAGCGCCUCUCCGACUUCUUCGACGCCGGCGAGCUCGACCCCGAGGCCCGCAAGGUCAUCCUCCCCGGUCAAUCGGCGCCGCAGAACCCCGACGAGCCGGCUCGCCCCAUCGAGCCGCUGAUCGCCAUCAACGACCCCAGCACGGAUGCGCGCGAGGCGCGCGAGGAUGAGGAGGUGGUGCGGAUCCGCAACGGCGAGUUCAAGUGGUCGAGGUCGCAGCCGGUGCCCACCCUGCAGGACAUCAACCUCUCGGUCAAGAGCGGCGAGCUGCUCGCGGUGCUUGGCAAGGUCGGCGACGGCAAGAGCUCCCUGCUCUCCGCCAUCCUCGGCGAGAUGGUGCGCACCGACGGCGAGGCCGUCAUCAAGGGCCGCACCGCCUACUUUUCCCAGGGCGGCUGGACUAUCGGCGCCUCGAUCCGCGACAACAUCCUGUUCGGCCUGCGCUACGAGCCCGACUUCUACCAGCGUGUCCUCGAGGCGUGCGCCCUGACACCCGACCUCCAGAUCCUUCCCGACGGCGACCGGACCGAGGUAGGCGAGCGCGGAGUCAGCCUGUCGGGCGGUCAGCGAGCGAGGGUCGCCCUCGCCCGAGCGUGCUACGCGCGUGCCGACAUCUACCUGCUCGACGACCCGCUUGCUGCCGUCGAUGCCCACGUCGGAGCACACAUCUUCAAGAACGUCAUCGGACCCAAGGGACUGCUCAGGCACAAGGCGCGCAUCCUCACGCUCAACUCGGUCGCCUGCCUGCCCGAGUGCGACCAGAUUGUCUCUGUCCGCCGAGGCAUCAUCCUCGACGAGCGCGGCACCUACGACGAGGUCAUGGGCAAGAAGGGCGAUCUGUACAACCUCAUUACUGGUCUCGGCAAGCAGUCCGCCCGCGAACAGCAGGUCAAGGAGGAGGAGGAGGGCGACGGCAUUGCCGAGCCCGCCGACCUCGAGGUCAUCGACGAAGACAAGGAGAUCAACUCGCACGGCCAGGGCGCCGAAGAGUCGCUCGGCAAGAACAAGCUGCACCGCAGGAUCAGCACGGCAUCGAUGACCCGGCCCAAGACGCUGACCAAGCGCCAGAUCAAGCAGGAUCAGCUGCGCCAGCUGCGCGAGAGCUCGAUGCCCAAGGAGAAGCAGGAGCAGGGCUCGGUCAAGGGCGACGUCUACAAGGCCUACGUCAAGAGCUCGAGCCUGGUGGGCGUCGUCAUCUACCUGCUCGGCCACAUCCUGACCCAGGUGACCACCAUCGGCCGCGACGUCGUCCUCAAGCAGUACGGCGAGCUCAACAGCCGCAACGGCGGAUCGCCCGAGCAGACGCGCUUUUACCUGAUCCUCUAUGGCGUCACUGGCAUCUUUGCCGCCGGCUUCGUCUGCGUGUCGCCCUUUAUCCUCUGGACGUGGCUCGUGAUCCGCAGCGCCCGCAAGUUCCACGACGAUAUGUUCAACGCCGUGAUGCGCAGCCCGCUGCAGUGGUUCGAGACGACGCCGACCGGAAGGCUGCUCAACCUCUUCAGCCGCGACGUCAAUGUCAUCGACGAGAUCCUCCCCCGCGUGAUCCACGGACUCGCCAGGACCUUUAUCGUCGUGGUCGGCGUGCUCGUCGUUGUCACCUACUCGGUGCCGCCGUUCGCCAUCGCCAUUAUCCCGCUGGCGUUUGCCUACCGCGCCAUCAUGCGCUACUACCUCGCCACCAGCCGCGAGCUGAAGCGCCUCGACUCGGUCUCCAAGACGCCCAUCUUCACCUGGUUUCAGGACUCGCUCGGCGGCCUCAGCUCGAUCCGCGCCUUUGGCCAGGAGACGCGCUUCAUCGCCACGUCUGAGGCGAGGGUCGACCGCAACCAGCAGUGCUACCUGCCCGCCAUCACCUGCAACCGGUGGCUGGCGGUGCGGAUCGAGUUUAUGGGGUCGUCGAUCAUCUUCAUCGCUUCGUCGCUCGCCGUCUUUGUCAAGACGCGCAACGGCAACAUGGACGCCGGCCUGCUCGGGCUGAUGCUGUCGCAGGCGCUCUCGACAACGCAGGCGCUCGCCUGGGUCGUGCGGCAGGCGAGCGAGGUCGAGCAGGCCAUGGUCGCCGUCGAGCGCGUCAUGUCUUACACCGACCUCGCCUCCGAGGCGCCCUACGAGAUCGAGGACCAGAAACCCGGGCCGGACUGGCCGUCGCAGGGCGAGGUGGUCCUGCAGAACUACUCGACGCGCUACCGGCGCGAGCUCGGCCUGGUGCUCAAGAAGCUCGAGCUCGACAUCAAGCCGGGCGAGCGCGUGGGCGUCGUGGGCCGCACGGGCGCAGGCAAGUCGAGCCUGACGCUCGCCCUCUUCCGCAUCAUUGAGGCGGCCGAGGGCAAGAUUGUCAUCGACGGCAUCGACGUCUCCAAGAUCGGGCUCAAGGACCUCCGUUCGGCCAUCGCCAUCAUCCCGCAGGAUCCGCAGCUGUGGGAGGGUACGCUGCGCGACAACCUCGACCCGACGGGCAAGUCGGACGACGCCGCGCUGUGGAAGUCGCUCGAGCAGGCAAGGCUCAAGGACCACGUCCAGUCGCUCGAGGGCGGCCUGGACACGAUGCUGUCCGAGGGCGGCUCCAACUUCAGCGCCGGACAGCGGCAGCUGAUCUGCAUCGCGCGCGCCUUUUUGCGCAACGCAAAGAUCCUCGUGCUCGACGAGGCCACCAGCGCCAUUGACCUCGAGACCGACGCCCAGGUCCAGGCCAUUGUGCGCUCCGAAUUCAACGGCACCACGAUCACGGUGGCGCAUCGCCUCAACACGGUCAUCGACUCGACGCGCGUCCUGGUUCUCAAGGACGGCACCGUGGCCGAGUUUGACACGCCGCAGAACCUGCUCGACAACAAGCAGUCGAUCUUCUUUUCGAUGGCCGUCGAGGCCGGCCUGGCAAAGGUGGACUCGUGA